AAGUCGUAACGGUAACAUUAGUCGUCAACGCGAUUCUUCCAGAAGAGUAAUAUGGAGUCCAUCGAGUCGUUCGAUUCCGCCCCAAGAAUAAAAGAGUCGCCCGAUGAUACGCCAAUCGUCGAAAAUGACGGCCACUCGAUCCGCGGGACACCCCAUGAGUUGACACUCGAAUCCGAGUGCGAAGCUGACGAGAAGCUCAACGCGAACAUAACGGAACCUCUGGACCUCCGAACGAAUGUUGCAUCGACCGGUGCCGAGAAAGUAGAAAAGAAAGCGAAUGCCAGCAGUGAACUCGGCAAGAAAAAAGAUGAGAGAAGGCGGAAAGUUGAUCCACGUCAACCAUGUCAAGUGUGUGGAAAAUUAAUAAGAAUGUGUAAUCUCCAGAAGCACACCAAUGCGCAUACUACUGCUGGUGUAUGUGGUUUCUGCGAACAAAAAUUUGAAUCUAGAUAUAAGCUCAAGAAGCACUUGGUUGCGGUACAUAACAGUGUGCAUUAUACAUGCGAUAUUUGUAAUAAAAAAUGUAUACUAAAAUCCGAGGUCAGAGCCCAUAUCAAGAGAAAGCACAAUUUCGGUGCGAAAUAUGAAUGCAAAUUGUGUCAAAAAGUAUAUAAAGAACCGACCUCUCUCAGUAAACAUGUGAAAUCGUCGCAUGAAGGUAUCAGACAUGAAUGCCAUGAAUGCCAAAAGACAUUCACUAGAAAACCGAAUCUGACAAAACACAUCAAAUUGAAGCAUAUUAAUUAACAAAUAACUGUACCGAGAAUGUUGUAUAUACAAAUAUACAUCUAAUCUCAAGACGAAAAUCGACGAAUAUCUAUCUGGUCUUUUUUUAAUCGUGUCAAAACUCACGAUGCUAUCUAUUUUAUUUUCAAGACUCGUUUGAAAAAAGUCUGUAAUUUAUCACGAUAUAACGUACAAUCUCAAUUAACCCUUUGAUAACCAUACAUCGCUUAUAAUAAAUAUCCUAUUAUAAUGAAUCGAACACCGUCGAAUAAAUAAAUGCAAAUUUUACAUCGAA